UGAACAUCAUCAUCACGAUCAUGACGACGUCGGGUCAGUAUAGCAGCAUCAUUAGUAAGAUUUCACCUGCAGAAUUGACUACACAAAAACAACAUGAGAAAUAAGUGUAUGGGUAAUUUCCACUAAUCUAUAUAAUUACCUGGCUUUAGUGACACCCUUGAAAAUCAUAGCUUCAUUUAUGCCCUUGAUUCUCGGGUCUAUAGUCAUCAACUCUAGUACAUAAUUACUGUUUGUUUACACAAUUUCGGUCGUGUUCCUCAUAGCAUAAAAAAUUUAUUUAAUAUAGGACUUACUUCUCUAGCCAUUUUGUCCGUGCACAAAUCGAACUCCUCUUCAUCCAUCCUUCUUUUCAAAGUUUUGCUUGUAUUAAUUAAUGAAGAUGGAAAUGGGUAAUAAAAACGCUAUGUUGUGGUUUGUAGUUUUUGGCGCCAUGUUGUUCUUUUCGUCUCCUGCCGACUGCCUCGGGACGGUGUAUGAUAUCGACAUGAACAAAUACGUCGGAACAUGGUACAACAUGUACACAAAUUACUGGUCAGAUUCAUUCCUUGGAACAGAAAAUGCAGAAUGUACAAUGGCUCAGUACUCGAAGCUCUCUGAAACCAGCUUCGCUGUUGUAAACACAUACACAGUAGAGGGUGAACUUGUUACUACAACCGGGAAUGCCAUGGUUCCUCUUUCGAGUGAACCUGGAAAGAUUCUUGUCAAACUUGAUAACCAGGCCACUGAAAGUAAAUAUUGGAUACUCAAACUCGGCCCAAUCGUCAACAACCAGUACGAGUAUUCGGUCAUCACCGACGACAAAGGCCAGUCGCUCUCCGUCCUUGCCCGUGACCCCGAGACCUUCGACCUUAAAUACGAUGCCGAGGUCACCGAGUAUCUUCUCAUCACCCGCUUCACGACACCAACGACACAGCGACAGCGAGUCUACCAUGGAAACGACUGCACAUAUCAAAUUUGAAAUGUUUGAUAUUACAGCAAUCCACCCCCCC